AGCACACUGUACUUUCCCAUAGCUUUCUCUGACUGACACGGAAGGUGGAAUGAAGUUGCAUUUUUUUCUUUUCUUGAGUGGGAUCAUUUAGGAAUCUUGCCAAUAUGUGACAGAAGCAAUUGAACGCUGAGCAAGAAAAGUAGCAAUUACUGAACAUCGCAGAGAGAAAACUUCACUUUGAAAAAGGACAGCACAAAACGAUCUAAAUGGCUGAACAGCACUCCGACCUGGAAAAGGCCAUCAACACUUUGGUCACAAAGUUCCAUGCCGCUGCGGCCAAUAAAGGUCCCACGCUCCAAACCAAAGAGUUCAAAGACCUCCUCGCCUCCCAGCUGCCCAACUUAGUCAAGACUGGAGGCUCAGAGCAAGGCCUGGGCAUGAUGAUGAAACAGAUGGGUGUGUCGGACGGUGAGGGAAUCACCUUCAAGCACUUCUGGGGCUUGAUCCAAUCGCUGGCCACCACGCAGCAUGAUCUCAUUAGUAAGAAAGUGUCCAAGAGUAGCUGUGUGCUCCUGUGAGGUCUAUGCCUUCUGACGGUGGUGUGAGCCAGGGGGAACCAGACAGCCUCAUAGUAUCCCACCCAGUGUCAGUAGCCCUUCUCACCGCACUGCUCCCAUCCAGACCUGGACACUCACAUAGUACUCACCCCCUCCACUACAGGCCUUUUUAUGUACAUCUCCCAUGCUUGGUAGUGCCAGCAGUGCUCAUCUCCUAGCUCUAUGCUGCUUGGUUUACAAUCAUUUUUUGUACUCCCUCCCUUACAAAAAUGUCCUGUGGUAAUUUUACCACACACAGUCAAGUAUUCCUCUGGUACUUCUCCUGUGGUAGUGCUGUCCCACUGGGCACCGACAUUAGUUCAACAUCUAGUUUUGAUUUACAUUUGGUUUAUUUGUCAACUAACCAUGAAUUCAACGUGAAAUCAACAACAAAUGUCACCAUGUCAUUGGAUUUAGGUUAAAAGCUGGGUAAAACGUUGUUUUUUUUGCAUAUCCAAUCAGUUUUCCACUUUGAUUUAACAUCAUCACAUUUGUUUUUGGGGUUGACAUGACGUGGAAACAAUGUUGAUUCAACCAGUUUUUGCCCAUUGGGGUGGAACUCUGGGCUAUUCCUGUGGUACCUGAUCUGUGAUAUCCAGACAUUGUGUGGUAUUUUGGAACAUUUUACUGCAUGAAUUUGUUAUUGCUGGGGUACAAAUCCUGUGGUUUUGUGUGAUCAUUUUGUUGUUUUUAUGUGAUAAUUCAAUGAUUUUUGUUUGUGGUUAUUUGGUGUAACCGCAUGGUAUGGUAAUUGUUGUUGUAAUGGUAAAUUGUGUGGUAGCUGUAUACCACAGGAAUUCAGGUUUAUGUGGUAAUCGUGAUCCUAGCUGUACCACAAGGUUUUUUUAUGGGGUCUAUAUGGUCCUGUGGUACUUUUUGGUUAACAACUGGUCUUGUGGUAACUGAAACCUAUUGACAUAUUGUUAUUAAAAAUACAAUAAAAAGAAACAUGACUGAAAGGAAUUAAUUACAAUAACAAUAAAGGACUUAAAAUCA